CAGAAGGGCUCCAAGACUCAUUCCCGCAGCGGCAACGAGCGUGCUCGGGUGGAAUUCCCAUGCCUGCACCAGUCAAAGAUGCAGGAACCGUGUCGGGCCUCUGGCGGGGACUAAGCCACGGUCACGAGUAGCGAUAACGAUGUCAAUUAAGUCUUUCCCCGCCAGGUCCCAGGCUUGAGUUCUAACUCUUCCCUUCAUUCUUUACUUCGAGACCUGGAAAGGCUUGGUGGUCUCCAAUGGCUGCUCCGCAGUCAGAAAGAGAGGUCAACGGCGCUGGGAAAGGCGAUGUUUCUAGCUGUGUAACCAACCUCAUCCACGCCUUCACCAAUGGACUCGAUAUCUUUAAGCGACUUCGAGAACGACCUCGGAAGCGCAAGGCCCGGAAACAGGAUCAAGUGGAAGAGAUAUCGAACGACGAGAUGCAGCUGUCGAAUUCGUUGAGAAAGGGACCGCAAGAUAUCGGGAGCUGCUAUUCGAGCCAUUAUGGCAAGGCUGGGGAUCGUUUUGCAAAGGGAGACCCAAUUGCUCAUGCUUCCCUCGCGGAGACCUUGAUCAAACUUAACACUGGGCUUGUCAACAUCAUUGCAACCUUCCUCAACCAUGACCGGAAGUCCGAUCACCUCAACCUCGACUACAAGUCUCUCACCCGUCUCUCUAAUGCAUCCAGAGCCGAGGCCAUUGACUCGCUGAAUCAACUUUAUCAGCGACUGAGUCAGUCCCAGCUACAGCUCUCCCAUCAGGGUCGACGUUGUUCCCACUGCGGAACGGUAACAAUCAGUAAACACCAGGAUUGCUGCCGGAGAAGCGGGCACGACCGACUAGGAGCGCGAUCGGACAAGAAGUCACGCACCAGCUCACCCACAAGGUCCAACGGCCCCACGGUCGCGAGGGUCCCUAUCAAAAGCUCAAGCCAAACACAAUUGGUUAUCAUACGACCUCGCAACCCUCGCAAGAACUCUGCUGGGUCUACCACGUCGCAUGCAUCUGCCAGUAGCGCUGUGAAACCUUCAGCACUGCCUCACAGUAACAGAAAGGAUCCGUCUAGACCGCCAAAUACUGCGAUACCAACCCCUCGAGCGGUAGGAAGAAGGAGAAGCAGCUCUGCAGAUGGCAGUCGACCUACCACAAGGCCGCAACCCAAACACGACACCACCCUCAGACUCCAGGUCCCAGCAGCCAAUCCACCUCCAAAGCCCGCGCCAUCCAUCCAAAAGGAAGCUAUGCCUUCAUCGACCAUGAAGCGAAGAGCCGAAAAAGUCACCCCUUCGACGUUUACGUUUGCUUCUGACAGUACAAUAUUAGGCGAGAUUCCAGAGAGAAACUGGAUACAGCCCUUCGAUUAUGCGGAAGCUGAGAGAUUGAAUGCUGAGGCGUUGGCGAAUUGGGUUCCCGCGACUGGCGGGGAGAGGGUGAAGCCCAAGAAGGGGCUGUUUGGGUUCUUGAGGAGGGGUACUGCGGUGGCUUCGUGAGAUGGGGAGAUUGGGCGAAGAGAGAAGGGACUGUGAUGGUCCUGGUGGGCAUUUCAUGAGUGUCCAGUUGGACACGAAUAUCCGUGCUUGAGUAGCUCGCACGUUCCUUAGAUGCGCAGCUGACGGGUUAUUUCUUGCUAUACGUAACGACGGUAACGACUUAGGAUGGCAGUUUGUUAGAGAGAUACCCGCAUUACCACAUCUAGAAUGCAUCAUGGGUUGGUUUAGCCUGGAGGAUCCUGCGUCAAAGGUACAGGAAAACGACGAAGAUAGCUAACCUUCCUUUCUAAUACGUUCUUCACACUUUCUGGGCUUCAAUAAAGACAUGAGAC